AUGGAGUGGAGUGUCGGCAUCGCUGUCUACGCGGUGGUGCAGUUCAUCGCGUUCUUGUUGGUGCUGGUGGGUACGCCCAUCGACAUGUAUCGGUUUAGACCGCGGUAUAUAACUCAAAACACCACUGUUACAACUCUUUGGGGCGUGAAGAUGGGUGGUUUCAACCUUACUAACGUCAUAACAUCCGACUAUUUGUGGAGGAGGUGCACGAACCGGCGGGACCGAUUCCGCGUAGCUCAGGUGUUCGCUGUGAUCUCCAUCUUCGUGUACGGCGCGGCGGCGGCAUUGGGCUUCAUGAUGCUGUACUGUUGCUCCGUCUUCCGCUUGUUCUGCCUGGCGCUCAACAUUGUUGGUGCUCUCACGUUGUGCAUCGUCUGGGCGGCCGUAGUGGUGACGUACUACGUAGAGGACAACGAGUUUUGCUGGAAGGAAAGUGUUUUCUCCACUUAUGGCGCCGGUUUCGUUCUCCUCGUGCUGGCCUGGAUCCUGGAUAUCGUUAAUAUCGCAUUCCUGCUGCUUCCGUACACGUAUGCAGACCUACGUGGCAGCGUAACCAGAUACAAAAGUGCUGAAGAAUAG